AAUUAAAUUCAUUAAAACGGAGGGUUUAACAUUUGCAUUGCUAGCGGGCCCAAUGGGCCAGGCUGCAAGUAUGUGUCGAUUUCGUGGUUGUCGUUAUAAAAAAAAUAAGACCAAUAAAAAUCAACAACAACAGCAGCAGCAGCAUGAAACUCAACAACAACAGAAUCAGCAGCAAUAUAAUUCAUCUUCCUCAUCUUUAAUAUCAACAGCAGCAUCACCAGUAGUCCAAAUUCCAGCAGCUGGUUCUGCAACAUUAACACCCCUGAUUCACCAGCAGGUUUACAUUUGCGCAGCAUUGAAGAACCCACAACAGCUCAAUUGUUUUACACUAAAUAGUCCACAUAGUUAUAAUAAUAGCAGUAGUAAUAAUAGCAGUAGCAAUAGUAAUAAUAACAGUAGUAAUAAUAACAGUGGCAGAAUGCCAGCGGAGCUGGGGGGCACAGGUUAUGGUUCCGAACAAAAUCUCUUGUUAAGCAGUCGUACCGGUGUCCCCCUGGCCAUAUAUCAAAAUCAUCAUCACCAGCAGCAACAGCAACAACAGCAUCAGCAUCAGUAUCAACUACAGCACUAUAAUCAUCAUCAUCCUCAUCCACAUCUCUAUCAACAUCAAAAUUCCAAUUCCUCAACAACGUGUCUCAAUAACCCGCUCUCAUCGCCACAACGUCAAUAUGAUCCGGAAUAUGCACGCAUGGAAUCGUGGAUGGAUGAAAAUCAAGAAUUUGUUCAGGAUUAUUUCAUUAGAAAAGCCACACGUCAAGUCGUUGAUGCCUGGUUAGUUUCUCAUGCGACUACAGCUGGCAACGAUACAUCCAAUACAUCACCAACACAUCCGAAUGGACAAAAUUGCUCAUCACGUGGUGGUUCUGGAGCCACAACACCCGUUAGAAAAAUAUCUGCCCAUGAAUUUGAACGUGGCGGUUUACUAAAACCCAUUGUCAAUACUAUAGAUGGUACACCCACCUUCCUGAGUAUAGGACCCACAAACGAUUGUUCAAACAAUAUGAGUUCUAGUACCAGCAACGGUAGUGUAAGUGCUGGUACUGGUAGCUGUGGUGUUGGUAGCGGCGGUUUUGGUGGUGGUAUUACGGGUGGCAGUGGUGACGCUGGUGGUGUUGGUAGUCGUGGCGGUAGUUUGGUACUAUAUUAUGGUAGUAAUACACAGUAUCAUCAUAACAAUCAUCAUCAUUCUAAUAGUCAACAGACGGGUAUUGGAACACAUUCGUAUCAUCAUAAUCAUCACAAUCACUAUCGACCGCAACGUUUGUCGCGCAAUGAACUAAAGCAAUUGGAUGAAAAGGAAUUAAUAUUUGAAUUGGUAAAGGACAUAUGCAAUGAAUUGGAAGUUCGUACUUUAUGUCAUAAAAUUUUGCAAAAUUUUCAUAUUAUUAAUGCUGAUCGUGGGUUCAUUGUUUUUGGUGCAAGGACGUGUGGCGGUGGCAAUGAUGGACCAAAGAAAUGUCUGGUGUCCAAAUUAUUUGACGUUUGUCCACGCAGUACUGUCGAAGAAAUGGAACAACAAGAUGAGGUUCAAAUUGCUUGGGGUACUGGUAUUGCCGGUCAUGUGGCUGAGAGCGGUGAACCUGUUAAUAUACCAGAUGCAUAUCAGGAUGACCGUUUUAAUUGUGAAAUCGAUACAUUGACCGGUUAUCGCACCAAAGCACUACUAUGUAUGCCAAUUAAGGAUUCGUCGGGUGAUGUCAUUGGUGUGGCACAAGUCAUUAAUAAAUUAAAUGGAGAAUAUUUCUCAGAAACUGAUGAAAAGGUUUUCGCUUCCUAUUUACAAUUCUGUGGUAUUGGUCUACGCAACGCUCAACUCUACGAGAAAUCACAGUUGGAAAUCAAACGUAAUCAGGUGUUGCUCGAUUUGGCACGCAUGAUCUUCGAAGAACAAAGUACCAUUGAACAUAUGGUCUUUCGUAUACUAACCCACAUGCAGAGUCUAAUACAAUGCCAAAGAGUUCAAAUACUGCUGGUGCAUGAAGCAUCGAAGGGUAGUUUUUCGCGAGUAUUCGAUUUUGAAGCGAAUGAUUUGAGUGAGGAAGAGUCAACGAAUCGUACGAGUCCAUUUGAAUCGAGAUUUCCCAUAAAUGUGGGCAUAACGGGUCAUGUAGCAACAACGGGAGAGACUGUUAAUAUACCAAAUGCUUAUGCCGAUGAUCGUUUUGAUCCCAGUGUGGAUGAGAAUACCAAUUUCCAACAUAAAUCGAUUUUAUGUAUGGCCAUCAAAAAUUCAUUGGGUCAAAUUAUUGGUGUUAUACAAUUAAUAAAUAAAUUUGAUAACUUGACCUUUACCAAAAAUGAUGAAAAUUUCGUUGAAGCUUUUGCCAUUUUCUGUGGCAUGGGCAUUCAUAAUACACACAUGUAUGAAAAAGCUAUUGUGGCCAUGGCUAAACAAAGUGUUACUUUGGAGGUUUUAAGUUAUCAUGCUUCGGCUACCAUAGAUGAGGCUCAUCGUUUAAGGCGCUUACGUGUACCUUCCGCUGCUCAUUUCCGGUUACAUGAUUUCCGUUUUGAUGAUAUACAUUUCGAAGAUGAUGAUACUUUAAAGGCAUGUUUGCGUAUGUUUUUGGAUUUAGAUUUCGUGGAACGUUUCCAUAUUGACUACGAGGUAUUGUGUCGCUGGCUGUUGAGUGUCAAGAAAAAUUAUCGUAAUGUCACUUAUCAUAAUUGGCGUCAUGCCUUUAAUGUGGCCCAAAUGAUGUUUGCCAUUUUAACGGCCACGCAAUGGUGGAAGAUAUUUGGUGAAAUUGAAUGUUUGGCAUUGAUAAUAGCCUGUUUAUGCCAUGAUUUAGAUCAUCGGGGGACCAAUAACUCAUUUCAAAUUAAAGCUUCUUCACCUUUGGCUCAAUUGUAUUCCACCUCUACCAUGGAACAUCAUCAUUUCGAUCAGUGUUUAAUGAUCUUAAACAGUCCUGGUAAUCAAAUUUUGGCGAAUUUAUCUUCAGAGGAUUAUUGUCGUGUCAUUAAAGUAUUAGAAGAUGCUAUUUUAUCUACCGAUUUGGCGGUUUAUUUAAGAAAACGUGGCACCUUUUUGCAGUGCGUUCAGGAGCAACCCAUGAGCUAUUGGGUUGAUGAAGAGCCAAGAGCUUUAUUGCGUGCCAUGAGCAUGACCGUUUGUGAUUUAUCGGCCAUAACAAAACCCUGGGAUAUCGAAAAACGUGUAGCCGAUUUGGUUAGUUCCGAAUUUUUCGAACAGGGUGAUAUGGAAAAACAGGAAUUGAAUAUAACGCCUAUUGACAUUAUGAACCGUGAAAAGGAAGAUGAGUUACCCAUGAUGCAGGUUGGCUUUAUUGAUUCCAUAUGCUUGCCAAUAUAUGAGGCAUUUUCACAACUUUCCGAUAAACUGGAACCUCUGGUUGAGGGAGUUCGCGAUAAUCGCCAACACUGGAUUGCACUCGCCGAAGGUGUUGAAACGAAACAGAACAAAAAAAGCAAUGGCAUCGUUCGAAAUAAAAACCAACGCAACACACACACCAAAAGUAUACCAAAUACACCAGAUGCCACGCCCACACCAAAUAGUGAUCUCAACAAUGAAUUGCAAACGGAAAAUGAAGAUGAGGCCAUAGAUGUGGAUCAAAACACAGAAAAUGAUGCUGACGAAGAUGAGACGGGCAUAGAGGCAGAUGAUGAUGAUUCGGAGACGGAAUUGUUGCAAGAACAUUCAACUAUUUGUUAUUCAACUGCCUCGAGUAGAUUGUCAACACCACCUCCCACGGGGGAAGAGGAUAGUUCGCCCAAUUCACCCACCAAAAAGGGUUCUCUAACCGAAACACAGGCCCAGAUGAUAGCCGCCAAUGUGGAUAGUCUUAAUUCGAACAUAUUAAGGCAGCGCAAUUCCUCGACUUCGUCUUCGUGUAGGAACUGUGAGUGUAUGCGUGUUCGUAAGACCUCCUCACUAAAGGGGGCAAAUGAAAUUAUACGUUCAAAUGGUAGUAAUAGAUCCUAUAGUAAAAGUACACCCUCAAUGACAAACUGUGGCACUGGUGCGGGUCAUCAACAGAGUGCUACAGCACAACAUCAACCCCAUCAUCAUCAUCAUCAUAACAGUUCCUCCACUUCUUCGUCUAACUCGCAUCAUCAUCAUGGUCAUCAUCACCAUCACCACCACCAUCAUCAUCACUCACAUCAUCACAGUAGCGGUGCUAGUAGUGCAGGUGGUGGUGGUGGUCACGUUGGCGGCGGUCUAACAACAACCGGAGCCGGUUUGAAUCUAUCCAACCAGUCCACUCUUUCGGAAAGUGAUAAAAUACCAAAAAUCGUUGGUAAGUUAGGAAAUCUCGAUACAAAUUUUCAACAUAUUACGACUACCUCUAAUGGUUGUGCUGCCUAUGCGGCCGUACCCAAUGGUCAUUUCAAUUACUUGCCAAAUAAUGUAUUAUCACGUCGUCAUUCGGAAACGAAUGGGACUGCAACUCUUACCACCAAUUUCUUUAAUAAUACCAAUGCAAUUACAACAACCACAACACCACCAUCAUCAUCUACAACAACAAAAACAAGUCAAUCUAUAACAACCACGCCCCAAACGCCUAUAUGUGAUAAAUAAAUGAAAAGGCUUCAAAAAUAAAAGAGAGUAGAGCUCUUAAGAGAAAAAGAGAUAAUGUUGGGGCGGAUAGCAGAUAUCGGCAGAUAGUGACUGCUACUGUUUAUUCAAUACCAAGAAAACCAUAUAGAGAGCAAUAUAUCUCUGCCGAUAACUGUUUUAUGGUUGAUUUGUUGUUAGCUUGUUGUGAUGGUUUUCUAAAGAGACGGAUUUGUAAGAUUUAAGAGAAUUAUGUUUGGGCUUGUAUGUAAGAUAAACUAUUUAAGAAAUUAAUACUUUGUUAAAUUAAUAAGUUUAAUUCAUUAAGGGAAACAUAAACUAGAUUUUUGUAAAGGUCUAUAAAGCCAACAAAAGGGAAUAGAUCUUUUUUAAAAGAAAUCUGCUUAAAAAUGUUCUAUGAAACAUGCAGACGGUUAAAACUAUCUUAAGAAUUUAAUUUAUUUUUGACCAAAUAAAUCACCUUUAAAUAGAUUCUUUAGUAAAUUAUACUACUUAAAGCAACAAAAUAAAUAGUUUUUCUAAAAACAAACAGUAUAAAUUUAUAGAAAAAAACAUAGUUUUUUAAUAUCCAAAACAAAUUUGUUCUUUAGAUGUUUUAUAAAGCAAAACGAGAGAAAUAUAAGAAAUACAUACCGUUUAAAUUAUAUAAUUAAUUACUAACUAAAAUAAUAAAGUUUCCUAUUAUUCUAUAUAUUUAUAAAGUUUAAACUAAAUAAAAGUAAUAAAUAUUAUAAGAAAACAAUCAACUUAGUUGAAAAUAUAUAGUCACAUAUUUAAACAAUAAUUAAAUUAAAAAAAAACAAUGUAUAACUAAACAAUAUAGUUCAAUUUAUUAUUAAGUUAAGUUAUUAUUUAAUAAACAUUAAA